AAGCUGGAAAAGUCAUUUGCUACUUUCGUGUAUCUUUCAGAUUUUUUCCACUACGUAGUGCUGAAUUUAUUUGGAAUUGUAUUUUCGCAAAUUAAUUGGCGUAAAGUAUUUUCAAAUUAACAGUAUUACGUUUUAAAAUAGUGGAAAAUGGUUUCCCCAUGGCUGGCACCUAUCAUAAUCACUUGCAUUUGGGGCUUCAUUGGAAUAAUUUGUCCCUUUUUGGCUCGUGGACCUAACAAAGGAGUCACCCAAUGUUGUUUAAUGUUAAUAGCUUCUACCUGUUGGCUAUUCUGGCUAUGUUGUUAUAUGACGCAAAUGAACCCACUUAUCGGUCCUAAACUAACCAUGAACGAGAUUAUGAUCGUGGCUCGUGAAUGGGGAAAUCCCAUUCAGGAUACAAUUGAUAUCACAUAUUAGUGUUUUCGUUAUUCGUCGUCAUUCUUGAGGUCCGCAAUUUUUGUAUAGAACCUCCAGUUAAUCUGUUAUUUGAUUGUUUUCUGUUUGUUUACAAAAAUAUUUAAAGUGCCUAUUGUAUUAUGACUGCUACUUUUUAAGCACGAGCACAUAUCUGUGUUCCCGUUUUGACGGCCAUGUAAAUUAUCAUUAAAGCAAAUGUUAAAAUAGCGAUGUCCAAUAUUUUAGCAAUAACAAAUAUUGUAAUACAAAGUGUCCUUAUACAAAUAUAUACAAUCAUUUUUGCCGAAAUAGAAAUCUAAAA